AUGUCGACAUACGGGCAAAUGUCAAUUAGGCCGAUUUUAUCUAAUACCAGAAUUAUGUUCGGGUUGUUACCAGGUCUCGGAGCUAUGAUUGUACUCCGAAUGGCCAUACAUAUAUACAGACCGGACAUAGAAGAUGCAGAGCAUCGUGUGAGAGAUCAUCCAUUCGAACAUCUUUACGACUGUUACGAUUUCAUUAUAGUUGGAGGUGGUUCAGCGGGUGCAGUGUUGGCUAACAGACUUACAGAAAAUCCCGAAUGGACCGUCCUAUUAUUAGAAGCCGGACAAGAUGAGAACGUGCUCUCCGAGUUGCCCGUUUUAUUUCCCGUGUUACAAACAUCCUCGAUAGACUGGCAGUUUGUUACUGAACCUGGUGAUGAAUAUUGUUUAAGCAUGGUGGAUAAGAGAUGCAAGUGGCCCCGCGGAAAAGUGUUAGGUGGUUCUAGUGUAUUAAACGCUAUGUUGUAUAUUAGAGGUAAUAGACGUGACUACGACAAUUGGGCCAGCAUGGGUAAUACUGGUUGGUCUUUCAGUGAUGUGUUACCUUAUUUUUUAAAGUCUGAAGAUAUGCGUAUACCAGAGUACCAGGACAGCCCAUUCCAUUCUACUGGAGGUCCCUUAACGAUCGAAUAUUUCAAAUACGAGCAACCAAUUACUCGAAAGAUUUUAGAAGCUGGUCAGCAGCUUGGAUAUAAUAUUUUGGAUGUAAAUGGAGCAUAUCAGACCGGAUUCACCCGCUCACAUGCAACUGUUCGCGAUGGUCUUCGAUGUAGUACAGCGAAAGCAUUUUUAAGACCUGCAGGAAAGAGGCUUAAUUUACACGUUAGCAUGCACUCAUUGGUGGAAAAAGUUUUAAUAGACGAACAUAAAAAGGCGUAUGGAGUGCAAUUUACCAAACAUGGUCAGCAUCGUAUUGUGAAAGCUAGCAAAGAAGUUAUAUUGUCUGCUGGAGCUAUACAGUCACCACAACUUCUAAUGCUCUCAGGAAUAGGAGACGCCAGACAUUUGAAAGAAAAUGGUAUUUAUCCAAUUGUCGACCUACCUGGAGUAGGUAAAAAUCUCCAAGAUCAUGUUGCAAUGGGUGGGCACUCUUUUCUUUUUGAUAAUCCUUAUGAUAACGGAACGGACUACUGCUUUAAUUUAAUUAAUGCCUACAUGUUAAAUACUUUGAUAGAUUUCGCAGUCCAUAAGAAAGGCUAUUUAUACAGCAUGAUGGAAGCUGAAGCUAUGGCAUUUGUAAACACAAAGUUCCAAGAUGCCACUGAAGAUUAUCCAGAUAUUCAACUUUUCAUUGCUCCAACAGCAGAUAAUAUGGAUGGGGGAUGGUUUGGAAAAAGAGCUAAUGGUCUAACAGAUGAGACUUAUGCUGAAUUGUAUGAAGACAUUUUGUACGACUCGUCGUUUUCUAUAGUUCCUUUGCUUUUGAGGCCUAGAAGUCGUGGUUUCUUAAAACUUAGAGAUGCAAAUCCAUAUUCGCCGCCUCUAAUAUAUCCGAACUAUUAUUCAGAUCCACAAGACAUGAAAGUAAUGGUAGAAGGUGCACGUAUAGUCCAAGCAAUAGUUGAACAACCAGCUCUUCGGAAACUUAACGCGCGACCAAAUCCAAACAGAAACCCAGGAUGUGCAGACUUCGAUCUAAUGUCCCAGGAGCAUUUGGAAUGUCAGGCGAGGCAUCACACGCUCACUAUAUAUCAUCCAGUCGGUACUUGUGCUAUGGGACCAGUGAACAUACCAGAGAGUGUCGUCGACCCACGACUGAGGGUUUAUGGAAUAAGUAAUCUGAGAGUGGUAGAUGGGAGCAUCAUGCCAACGAUUGUAAGUGGUAAUACGAAUGCUCCUAUCAUUAUGAUAGCCGAAAAAGCUUCAGACAUGAUCAAAGAAGAUUGGAGUGAUGUUGCAGAUUAUGGAAAUAGUUGUCCACCCAUUUAUAACGGCAGACAGCACCAGGAAAACAAGGAGAGCGAUGAACCAAGCAAAAUAAAUCUAAAUCAUAUAGAUUUAGACGUAUUCAGUGAGACAUCAAACAUUUUUCCGCAUUUACCAACAGAUAAAUUUGAAGUUAAAGCAACAAAAUUAAAAAAAGGCAACAUUGAUAGCAAACCACAUUUAAUAUCUCGCGAAUAUGAAGCUAAAUAUAAAGAAAUUAUCCCGAUACACAAAUCGAAAGAUCUAAAACCACCUUAUGGUCCUGAAUUUCAACAAAAUCAUAUCAAUCCCAACUUCCUCCCUGGAAAUAUACCGUAUUAUCUUACACCAUACCCUUAUUGGAAUAUCCCUCAAUAUUCGGACAGAUACAAUUGGUUGCCUCAAGGAAAUUAUGGGCAAUAUCCUAAGCAAAACCCAUAUCAAUUUAAUGUUAUGAAUCGCUCAAGACCCAACUUGAAACAGAAGAAAAGACCCUACACACUUCCUGCAAAUCAUAAAUUAACACCAGUUCAAAAUUAUCCUUACAGAGUAGAUCAAACUCCACUGUUUUAUGAAACUGAAAAUAUUUCAACGCCAAAAGGCCAGAAAUGUAAAGCUUGGUUAUACUACAAUGGAAUAAAAUAUGAAAUUGUAUUAUGAAUUGUAUAAUUAAUGUAAAUUAUUGCUAAAUUGUUAUUAUUUAUGUAACUGUUAAUUAAAUACUUGUAAAUCGGAUAUUAUAUUUCCUUUCCUGCAUAAAAAAAAAUAUAUGAAUCCAUGAUAUACAUCCCAAAUAG